AUGAGGAAAUAAAAGAAAUCACACUAGCGAGACGUAUGCUAUUGUCCUGCCCUGCACUCUUCAGAUUUGAAAAGUUAAACGGACGUAUUUAUUUGUGUGUUACUUACAAAAAGUCCGCUCAGCCAUGUCAAAGACAACAACCCUGAAAAUAAGCAGCGCGAGUGCAGUUAAGGUGGAAAACUUCCGCCAGACGCUGUAUCAUCAGGCAGAGAAUCUGUUCUCCAACUACAUCCCCCUGAAGAUUGUACAGCUGGACGCUCUGCUGAGGGAUGACGCCCUCAGUAUCACAGACAUGACCUCGCUCCAUGCCCCCCUGGACAUCCCCAUACCAGACCCUCCUUCCACAGAGGAAGAGGAAAUGGAGACGGAUAAGAAUGAAGACGAUGAGAAGAAAAAGAAGAAGGCAGCUCCAAAAUGUGGCUUCAUCAAGGGGAAUGAGAAGAUUAUGAUGCUUCUAGAGAGAGUGAAACCAGAGAUUGUCGCUCUUAGAGAGACCAUCAUCAAUGUCUCCUGCUGGAUUCAGCACCUCAUCCCGAAAAUAGAAGAUGGAAAUGACUUCGGUGUUGCCAUCCAGGAGAAAAUUUUGGAGAGAAUCGCUGCAGUGAAGACCAAAGUCGACGGUUUUCAGACAAACAUCAACAAGUACUUUUCAGAGAGGGGAGAUUCUGUUGCAAAAGCUUCUAAAGACACUCAUGUGAUGGAUUACCGCUCGCUUGUCCACGACAAGGACGAGGCCAUCUACUCUGAGAUCAGAGUGAUCGUCCUCGACAUUCGCGGCUUCUACGCCGAGCUUUACGACAUCGUCAGCAAGAAUCUCGAAAAGGUGACCAAUCCGAAAGGCGAGGAGAAACCUUCAAUGUACUGACGCGGCAGGAGAGGGACGCUCUGUGUCUUCAAUAUCAAUCAACUCUGUUCAGUAAUGCUGCGCCUGGAUGAGUUUCCAAUUUUGCUUAUUCGUCUCAAUAAAACAAACAAAAAAAACCCUGGAUCAAAGUUUUAUCCCUGCUGUUGUGUGAAGACACAUUAGUUUUAGACAAACACUUGCACUAAAUUAAAAUUGUUUAAAACAAUAAAGAAAAGCUUGUUUUUAUUCAAA